GCAGGGCAGGAGUCUACUUCCCUUCCUGCCUUUUGCCAAAACGUUUUUGGAUGCUGGAAAAAGAACUCUGACGUCAAUCUCAAAGUAAACCCCAAAGCUUCCCGGCUCAAAGAUUGAUUUAGCCCUCUGGAGUUACAAGAACUGCUGGUUGCAUAUCUCCAAUCUGGAAGGAGAAUCUGCCUGGAAGCUUCUUCAGCCCAGUGGAAUAGACAGCGACUGUGCCCUACCCAGCACCUAACUUUGCUCUCAGGGCUACACUUAAAGAGGAGAAAAGGAAACGGAACAGGUCUCUCCAUUGCAUGCCUGGCUGUCUGCUUUCGCUCCCGUUCGGAGAGCUGGGAAUCCGAUGUUUCAGAUUUAAGGGUGCUUUAUUCCUCCUUGAUUUCAGCGUUUGUUCAUUUCACGGUGCCUUGAAUGGUACCAUUAGCGGCGUUGACCAUGGAGCCUUCCAACAACUCUACGGUGUCCUCCAACUACAGCAAUAUGUUUAACAAAUUUGUCCACCUGGAUGGAGAACUCUCGGACAGAUUUCAUACCUUGUGGAUAGUCCUGGUGGUGAUCAAUACCAUCAUCUUCCUGAUGGGCGUGGUGUUGAACUCUGUAGCUCUCUACGUCUUCUGCUUCCGCACGAAAACGAAAACCACCUCGGUCAUCUACACCAUCAAUCUGAUCAUCACCGAUCUGCUGGUGGGCUUCUCUUUACCUAUCCGGAUCAUUGUGCACUACGUUGCCAAGGACUGCCACACCUGUGCGCUCGUCCACAUUUUCACCUAUUUUGUCAACAUGUACUGUAGCAUUCUCUUCCUCACGUGCAUCUGCAUUGACCGGUACCUGGCGAUUGUCCAGGUGGAAGCUUCGCGCAGGUGGAGGAACCCCGACUACGCCAAAGGGAUCUGUGCUUUCAUCUGGACCUUCGCCACCGUGAUCACCUUCUCCAUCCUCACCCUGGCCGUGAAGUUCUCCUACUGCUGCAUUGCGCAGAUUUUGCCCUUGAUGGUCUGCGAGUACUUCUUCCCUCUGAUCAUCCUCACUUUCUUCACCACCAGGAUCAUGUGCGCCCUUUCCAAGCCCACGCUCAUGCACCAGAGCCGGGAGAGGCGGAUGAGAGCCGUGCAGCUCCUCAUCACGGUCCUGAUCAUCUUCAUGAUCUGCUUCACCCCCUUCCACGUGCGCCAGCUGGCCAUUGCCAUCAACCCAGCCAUGUCCUACAACCUCAGCUUGGUGGUCUACCACGUGACCGUCACCUUAAGCAGCCUCAACAGUUGCAUGGAUCCCAUCGUCUACUGCUUUGUCACCAACAACUUCCAGUCCACCAUGAAGAACAUCUUCCGGAAGACGGAACUUGAGCAAGCCAGCGGGGAGGUGAUCAGCAUCAACAAAGGGUCUGGCUCAAACGCAAUUAUGGCGUUUGCGAACUCGAUAGGGAACCCCAUGGGUUUGGCUUUGCCGAGCAACACCACAAACUCCUAGACUUUGAGAAGCCUACAAGGGUAGAGAUGAUGUGGACUCUUCCUUUUUGCUAAAAAAAAAAAAAAGAUAUUUUUUUUUCUCUCAACGUUGUAGCUGGGUUCCAGGAUUUUUCAAGCUUUCCAGUGACACACUCGUUUUAUUUAUGGCAGCUGGCUUUGUCAUCUGGGAAAUUACUUGGAUUGCGUUUGGCACUCCAAAUUCCUAAGAAUUUCCCCGAUUCAGGAAUUUACGGAGAAAGGGACAUGCCCAGCACCGUGUUUUGCUAGCCUAGAAGCAUAGAAUAACAAAGUUGGAAGGGACCUUGGAGGUCAUCUAGUCCAACCCCCUG